GUGGAUUAGAGUUUUCUCACGGACACAUAUAUGGACAUUUUACAAUGAGUCAGACUGAGAAAAGGAAUGAGACAUUCAGGUCCUUAAAUGAUCGUCUGUCCUCCAAAAGUAACGCUCAGAUUGGACCUGAAAGUCUUGGUCAGAAAAUGAGGAACUCUUCUACGCCGAGUGUUGUGUCGCUUAAGAGCGAGAAAUCAAUGGAUUUCCCUCUCAAUUACAAAGAUUCUUCACAUUCAGAUUUUGGGGAAGCAAUUAGGAACUCUUCUACACACAAUGCUGUGUCCCUAAGAAGCGAGAAAUCAAUGGAUUUCCCUCUCAAUUAUAAAGAUUCCUCAUCUUCAGGUUUUGGGCAGAAAAAGAGAAACUCUCUUGGACCAACCAGUUUGUCCCUAAAGAGCGAUAAAUCGAUGGAUUUUCCCCUUAAUUAUAAAGAUUCUUCAGAUUCAAGAUUUUGGCAGAAAAUGAGAAACUCUUCUACACCGAGCGUUUUGACCCUAAAGAGCGAGAAAUCGAUGGAUUUCCCUCUCAAUUAUAGACAUUCUUCAUUUUCAGGAUUUGACCAGGAAAUACCAAAUGAGACCAACAGUUUCCAUACAGACCUUCACUCAGUUUUUGAGAAACUUGAGAGGGAAACUGUCAUUUUUAUCAGAUCGAAGCUGAAGAAGUUCCAUCGGCUGUUAACUUCUAAUUACCCAAAACACCUUGGGAAACGUAAUGUGACUAAAAAUGUGCUGCAAUGUGAGGAAGGAAAGAAGAUCUUUGGUGGAGAAGAUGAGUUCAUGAACUUUCUUCGGGAAUUUCUGAGGAUGAUGAAGCUUGGAGAACUCGCUGAUACUCUGUCUUCCAAUCACUCAACCAUGAAUCCAUCUAAGGAUAAAAAUCUGUCACAAGUAUUCAAACUCUCUGAAGAUGAUGACCAACAGUUCAAAGAUGAAAGAAAUAGAUUAAAACCUCUUCACAGAACGUCCCAGAAGGCAAACAUGGAAGCAACAUUUAAGACUCUUGAGGGAAACAUUGUUACCUUUGUUGACAACGAGCUAAAGAGUUUUUAUAAGCUCUUAUACUCAGAUCACCUUCAUAGCCAAGAUGAGGAUGAAGAAGUUGUUAACUGUGACGAGGAAGAGCAGAUGAGGAUUACCAAAGAAGCUUUUCUGAACAUGACCUUGGAGUUUUUAAGGAGAAUGAAGCAAGAAGAGUUGGCCUUUGCUCUACAUAACAAGAGCAUGGUGUGUAAAUGCCAAGGUAAACUCAAAUCCAACCUGAAGACGAGGUUCACAUAUGUGCUUGAAGGAAUUGCCAAAGAAGGUCAUCCAACCCUUCUUAAUAAGAUCUACACUGACCUUUACAUAACUGAAGGACGUGAAGAGGCCAUUAGUGAUCAUGAAGUGAAACAGAUUGAAAAAACUCUCAGAAAAACAAUGGACCCACUAACAAUCAGACGUGAAGAUAUUUUUAAACCCAUUACUGGAAGAGAUAAACCAGUCAGAACAGUGAUGACAGAAGGAGUGGCUGGCAUUGGGAAAACAGUCUUGACACAGAAGUUUGCUCUGGACUGGGCUGAAGGAAAAAACAACCAGGACAUCCAGUUCACAUUUCCAUUUUCCUUCAGAGGACUGAACUUGGUGAAGGAGAAAAAGUUCAGUUUGGUUGAACUCAUUCAUCUCUUUUUCCCUGAAAUCAAAGAAGCGGGAAUCUGCCGUUUUGAUCACUUCAGAGUUUUGUUCAUCUUUGAUGGUCUGGAUGAGUGUCGAUUUGCUCUGGACCUGAAAACCAAAGAGGUUCUGACCGAUGUUACACAGUCUGCAUCAUUAGAGAUACUGCUGGCAAACCUUAUCAAGGGGAGGUUACUUCCUUCAGCUCGAGUCUGGAUCACAACUCGACCUGCAGCGGCCCAUCUGAUCCCUCCUGAGUUUGUUGACCUGAUGACUGAAGUCAGAGGAUUCAAUGACCCUCAGAAGGAGGAGUACUUCAGAAAGAGAUUCACAGAGGAAGAGGAAAGCAAAAUGGUCCUGUCUCACAUCAAAUCCUCAAGAAGUCUCUACAUCAUGUGUCACAUCCCUGUUUUCUGCUGGAUCAUUGCUACUGUUCUGGAGGAUGCCAUUAACGCCAGAGAACAAGCAGACCUACCCAAAUCCCUGACAGAGAUGUAUGUCCUCUACUUGGUGGUUCUGUCCAAGGUGAAGAAUGUCAAGUAUGAUGAAAAAGCUGACAAAAAUGCCUUCUGGACUCCAGAGACCAGGAAGAUGAUUAAAUCCUUGGGAAAACUGGCCUUUGAUCAGUUAAUGAAAGGAAACCUGGUUUUCUAUGAAUCUGACCUGACUGAGUGUGGCAUUGACGUCAGAGCAGCCUCAGUGUAUUCAGGGGUGUUCACAGAAAUCUUUCAGGAGGAGAGAGGGUUUUUCCGUCAGAACAUGUUCUGCUUUGUCCACUUGAGCAUUCAGGAGUUUUUGGCUGCUCUUCAUGUCCAUCUGACCUUCUUCAGCACUGGUGUCAAUCUGCUGGCAGAAAAGAAAUCAGUCUCGCCUCGGUCAAAGAUAACUGAUGAACAAUUUGAGCACUUCUACAAGGAAGCUGUCGAGAAAGCUAUAGAUGCUUCAGGUGGCAAACUGGAUCUGGUUCUGAGAUUCCUUCUUGGUCUUUUUCUGGAAACCAAUCAGAGGCUCCUCCAAGGGUUUGUGACAGAAAGAAAAACAUCAAGCAGUUCCUUGAAAAACAUAGUUGAGUACAUCAUAAAGAAGAUUGAAGAGAUUCUGUGUCCCUUUGAUAAAGCCAAUUUAUUUCACUGUCUAAAUGAACUGAAGGAACUUUCUUCAAUGACAGAGAUUGAACAAAUCUUGAAAUCAGGAAAACUGGAGACAGAAAAUUUGUCAAAAGCUCAGUGGGCAACACUGAUCCACAUUCUGCUGUCUUCAGAGGAUUAUGAGAAAUAUUUUGAUCUGAGAAAGUAUUAUAUUUCAAAGCAAGCUCAAAAGAGUUUUACACCACUCUUAGUAACCUCACCUAAAGCUGUACUCAGUUGCAGUUUCCUGGACGAGACAAGGUAUCCGCAUUUCGGAUGGAUUAUCAGCUAUGAGCGCAAUAUAUUGAAAUAUUUGGACCUGAGUAACAACGACAUGAAAGAUUCAGGACUGAAGAUGCUGUGUGAAGGCAUUUCCAAACCAGCGUGUAAACUUGAAACUUUGAGGCUGUCAGGCUGUUUAAUCACAAAGGAAGGUUGUGAAGCUCUGGCAUCAGCUCUGGAUUCCAACCCCUCUCACCUCAAAGAGUUGGACCUGAGUUACAAUUACCCAGAAGAACAUGGAGUGGCGCUCCUCUCUGCUGGAGUGGAAAACCCAGACUUGGCCUUAACGACUCUCAGGGUGGAGCCGAGUGGAUUACAGUUUUUAAUACCCGGUCUGAGGAAGUAUAUCAUUGAACUCAUCCUGGACUCCACCACACACAGAAACCUCACACUAUCUGAGUUUAACAGAAUAAUGACGGUGGGACAAGGAGAGAAGCUCUCAUGGUUUGAUGCUGAGGAGGAGCUGCUGGGCAGACAUGGACUCACUGGUCGCUGUUACUGGGAGGCAGAGUGGAGAGGAAAAGCUUCCAUUGGAGUGACGUACAAAACAAUCAGAAGGAGAGGGGAAAGGAAUGGCUGUGGUCUUGGAGUCAAUGAUCAGUCAUGGGCUUUGUUGUGCUCUAAGGAAGGAUUCUCUGUUCUGCACAACAACAAAACAACUAAAAUCUAUGUAGACCCUUCAAACAAAGUCGGGGUGUAUGUGGAUGUGCCUAGUGGCACUGUGUCUUUCUUUGGGGUUUACCCUGAUGAAAUGACCUUCCUUCACAGCUUCAGCACCAAAUUCACUGAACCUGUGUAUCCUGCUUUCAGAAUAGAACCUGACCCCGUUAAAAUUAGAAUGGCCACUAUGCUGUAACUACUAGAACGGCCAGAAGCUGUGCUGACUACGAUAUUUACCCCUUAAAUAAAUCACAACAAAAAGAAUAUGUAAUAUAAUCUUACUUAUGAUCUUGCUUUCUUUUGUCAAGUUGUUUCAGAAAUCUUAUGAUAAAUCAGCAAUAAUCUUUGCCUCCUUUAUCACAUAAAUAAAAUCUAAACAUUAGUGUUUUUAUAUCUAGUAAUAAUCCAAAAGUAUGAAAUAAAAUGACAGAACACACAAAUUGGAUGUCAA